AAUACUCUGUAGCCAACCUGGAAAAAAGAAUAAAAUUUAUAAUGAAAAUGACAAUAAUAUAUAAUAAAAGAAUGUCACUCAAGAUACAAAAGACAAUACCAAAUGAACAUACCUAUUCCAGUAAUAGUCAAACUCAGGAAUGGUCAGUUCCUUUUCUCGCCGCCAUGAUUGUUUCAGAUUCCGAAUCGACCACCCCAUCGUCCAAUUCUCGCCAAGCCGAUCAAUCGGCCUCUGGCCGUAACCCCGGCCAUACUCAAUCACCCCAUCUGUCGCCGUCGGCCGCGUCUGGCCAUAAACGGUGUCGAUUGAGGAAGCAAUUCCCUUCCUCAACCCCGGUAGAUGAGGGCUCGAGGGUUGGAUUGGACGAAAACAUCAUGGCGCUGUGCCAUUGCCAGAUUACUGACCGAGGGUUCGCCGAUGCUACUGACAUGGUCGGACCUUCCAUUGAAGUCCUGAGACCUACCAGCACCCAAACCGCCCUGGACGCUCCUACUGGGUUCUUCACGGUCCAUCUGGUGUCUUUGAAGAAGGGGCUGCGCUUCCCACUCCACCCGUUGUUGAUCGAAUUCCUCAACGUGGUGGACCUUCUUCCGUGUCAAUUGGUCCCCAACUCUCAUCGGUACAUCGCCGGUUAUCUGGUCCGGUGUAAGUCCCCUCCUCACUCUGUGAUGCCGGGUGGCGACCUCACUGGGUGUUCCCAAGGUGUUGCCUCGGAGCGACCUCCUUCGCCUCCCGCGGUGACCUACGAGGUGGCAACCGGGGGUCGCUCGACGAGGAUUUGCAUUCCUCCUCUGCCCCAAAGCUUAGGGGACGUGCAGCUAGAGACCCUGAUCACCCUGCCCGCGGAGGACCAGGCCCGCAUCUCGGCCGGUUCUGAGGACGACCUUGAUAACAUGGUCCUCUUGAGGCUAAGCCAGACAUCGGAGGCCAGGCAGAAAGAUUUGCCGGAGGAGGUCGCUCGACUCACAAGGGAGCUGGAGGAGAAGGAAAAUCGCUGCGCGGCGCUCGCUGUGGAGAGAACCUCCCAGGAGAACCGCUGCGUCGCCCUUGAGGCAGACAAGGCCUCCUUGUCCUCGGAGGUGGAAUCAGUUUCUGCUCGCGUGGUCGAGCUGGAAAGGGAGAAGUCUGACCUGAUCCAGCAGUUGGAAGUGGAGAGGAGCGACCGGGUCCACCACGGAGAGGAAACGGUGGAAUACUUCAAGUCUUCUCCUGAUUUCACGAUGGUCGCGAUGGAGCGGAUGGACGAGCUAACAGCCGCUUGGCUCAAAACUGAACCUGGGGCUCAAUGGAUGGUCAGGGAGGGGACCAAGUCCUUCAAUUGUGGACUCUUCCGUGCCCAACAGGUCUUCCGCGACAAACUGGCCCAGCUCCCCAAAGGAUUCUCUCUCCCCGACCUCGGCUUUCCCCCUCCUUGCCGUUCCUUGGCCGAGUUCGACCCCAGUCCUUACUUGGAUGGAGGGAGCUCAAGCGCGUCUGAAGAAGAGGAAGAAGAAGAAGUGGAAGGUGGACAGGGCGACCAGAACCCCGGGGUCAGCUUAGCCAUGUCCAAGGCGGGUGGACAUUCUGGCUCGGCCGUCUAACCUCCCAUGUUGUUCCACCAUAGCUUCAUAAACACUUGCUUUUUUU